AUGCCUCCAGUCUUUCUGAGUUGGUUCCUGGAUCUGGCUCCAUCCAUUCUCGUGCUCACAGUGUGCACGUUUGUGUUGCCACCACGAACGCUGUUCGAUUGGCAUCCGUUGCUUGUGGCUAUCGGCGGGACGCUAAUCAUGCCCUGGGCUAUUCGUGCGUUAGACAGAGAUAUGUCUUGGAUCGCGCAGAAACCGCGAGCAUCCAAAAUUCAGUGGCAUUGGGUUUUACAAUUGUUCGGUGCAACACUCAUUUGCGUGGGAGCAGCUGCCGUGUUCGUGAAUAAAAAUUUGUACGGCAAACCGCAUUACGCCACUUGGCACGGUCUCCUGGGUCUGAUCACCGUGGUUUUUGUGCUGGCUGUCGCUCUCGCAGGUUUCGCGUUGCACUGGAAGGUGUGGCCAAUUGGUCACCUGGUCAGCCACGGGACUGCACGUGUCAGCCACAUGUAUUUCGGUCUCGGUCUGAUUAGCCUGAUCGGAGUGACCACCGGAUUCGGUCUAUCCUCGCAUUGGCUCACUCGACAGCUGUCCGACUGGGUGGGCGAGGGAGUCGCAUCCGGACUGAUCAUCCCGUUGACCGGGAUCGCCAUGUUUCCCGCGGUACGGACGCUGCUUCAAGUGUGUCGGUAUCGAUUUCGUCAAGUGGCCACGAAACCGAAAUAA